AUGGCAAAUUGCAGGCAUAAAAGGAAGUUGCACAAUCUGGAAAAUAAAACCAGGAAUAAAGUUGAUGAAAAUAAAGGCAAGGAUGUAGCGGAGCUUAAAAGUUACAAGACAGGAACUCACUGCAGGCUAAGGAGAAGCCCUCCUAUUAAUUCCACGGCAAAGAGAAAAAUGUCCAAGGAAAAUCUAGAGGCAAUAUUGGAACCAUCGUCUCGUUUUGAUGUUCUGAUGAAUCUGCAUGAUUUGAAUGAUUCGCAUGACAAUGAUCAUGAGAAAAAGGGUGAUUUAUAUCAGGAAGAUGAAAUGGAAGACGAAGAUGACUCGGUAGAAGAAGAGAUAGUACCAGAAGGGAAUGAUUUGAUGCACACAUUAUCAACAAAAGAUGAUAGCUGUCUGGACGGGAGAUCAGACCUGGAAGAUCCUCUUGAUGGUUGGAUGACGACCUCAGAUGAUGAAAAUAAUGAAAAGAAACCAGGAAGGCCCAAAGGAUCGAAGAAAAUAAUCAAUCAAAGUAGUGAUAAAGAACCUCGUCGUCUGGCGAGGAGCCAACGUGCUCCUUCUUCCAAAGUUUAA